AUGUCUCUUACAAAUGCCUCUCCAGAGGCUGCUGCCAAUGCCGCAAAGACAGCAUCCUUCACUCUCGCCACUCUCCCGGCAUCGGAGCGCAACAAUGCCCUCGAAGCCAUCCACGCUGCUCUGACAGCCUCAAAAGACGACAUCCUUGCUGCCAACGCAAAAGAUCUCGAGCUUGCGAAAAAGGCUGCCGCUGAGGGUGGUCUCAGUCAAGCUCUUGUCUCGCGAUUGGAUUUGGGGAAGAAGGGAAAAUGGGAGGAUAUGCUCAAGGGAAUCUUGGAUGUGAGGGAUCUAAACGACCCUGUUGGCCAAAUUCAGAUGAGAACAAAGCUUGAUGAUGAUCUCAUGAUGGAGCGUGUCUCGUGCCCUAUUGGUGUUCUUCUCAUCAUUUUCGAGGCCCGUCCCGAAGUCAUCGCCAACAUUGCUUCUCUUGCUAUCAAGUCCGGCAACGCUGCCAUUCUCAAGGGCGGAAAGGAAUCCACAGAAUCCUUCAUCGCCAUCUCAAAGGUCAUCUCAUCAGCCCUCGAAACCACAAAGGUCCCCAACUCAGCCAUCCAGCUCGUCACAACCCGCGAUGCCAUCGCCGAGCUUCUCGCCCAGGAUCGCUACAUUGACCUUGUCAUUCCCCGCGGCUCAAACGAGCUGGUCCGCUACAUCAAGGAGUCCACCAAGAUUCCCGUCCUUGGUCACGCCGAUGGUCUCUGCCACAUCUACCUGACGGCUUCGGCCGACAAGGAAAAGGCCAUCACUGCCAUUGUUGAUUCCAAGACUAGCUACCCCGCUGCCUGCAACGCCGUCGAGACUCUUCUUGUGCAAGAGUCCGCUCUAAACUCUGUCUUCCCUGGUGUUGCUUCCGCUCUUGCUGCCAAGGGCGUUUCUCUCCGCGUUGACGAAGCCAGCAAGGCUGCCAUUGCCUCUCUGUCAUUAGAAGGUGUCCAGGAUGCCACCCCUCAAGACUACGAUACUGAGCAUCUCUCUCUUACUAUUGGUGUCAAGACUGUCUCCUCCAUUGAUGAGGCCAUCACCCACAUCAACACUCACGGCUCACACCACACCGAUGCCAUCAUGACCUCUGACUCUGUCGAGGCUGAGCGUUUCAUGAACGAGGUUGACUCUGCUGGUGUGUACUGGAACGCUGCCACUCGUCUUGCCGAUGGUAUGCGAUAUGGCUUCGGCACCGAGGUAGGUAUUAGCACAAACAAGAUUCACUCUCGUGGUCCUGUCGGUCUUGAUGGUCUCACCAUCUACAAGUACAAGAUCAGGGGCGAUUACCAAGCAACAGCCGACUAUGGAGAUGGCGAGGGAAAGAAACCUUGGAAGCACGAGAAGUUGACCCUCUAA